AUGGCCCAAGCCGAAGCUCACGACGCGUUCACGCAAGAAGUGCAUCGCUUGCGGGCCAUCUACCAGAAGCAGCGCGACACAACCAAUCUCGUGCCGCCUGCAGGGCGCAUUGCGUUUGACAUUGCGGUGGACGUCAUCGACGGGAUCACGUACCACACAUACUGGUACGAAAUCGAGGGCGACAGCAACGAUCUUCAGGAACGAUACCACGUUGUCCGCCUGGCCGAUAUCCCCGGUACGCUCUCGGGCGACAUCUUGCGGCUGAAGCACAAUCUGCCCGUGCUGAACACUGACCACGCUUACGACAUUGUCGGCGACGAGGUGCGUCAGCUCCAAGCUGCGCCACCGCUGCCGGACGAUCGAGACGACGCCGAGGAUACCAGCGAGAUGCUUGCGGUCCUGCCUGUCGUCGAAGUCGAUCCUGCCAUUCACUUCGCUAAGAAGGGCAAAUAUGCCAGCGAAAUCCGCAAUCUCCUCGCGUGUCAGGGCGGGUCCUGCCCCGGCGUGCCCAAGUCUGACCACGUCAUCCAGCUGCUGGGAAAGUCUCGGGCGGCGGAGCUGGUUUUCAACAAGUUCACCCCCCGCUAUGUGUUCGGACAAGUGUACCCUCUGGCGACAUACAAGACUUGGAUUCUGCAGGUCAUCGACGGGCUGCGAUGUCUUCAUUCGGUGGAGAUCGUCCAUCGCGAUCUCCGAAUCGACAACCUCGUCGUUGCUGAAUCCUCCCGCCUUGUGAUUAUCGAUCUGGAGAGCCGGUGGGGCAACCGACUUGCCCCCGAAGUGUCCCGGCGGCCUAUUCUGGAUGCUGGUUGGACAGAGAAAUCGGACAUCUACGACCUGGGGUAUCUUGUUAAGGAGAUGAUUUAUGGCAAUGUUGCCAUUACGAAUCUUGUAGAUUGGCCCGUCCCACCGCCCCUGCAGGCCAUCGUCGAAGCAUGUACACGUGUCUCUCCUGAUGACAGGCCUACACUGGACGAAUUGGCGGCCAUGGUCAACGGGAUUGUCGAGAAUACACAAAAUCCUUGA